AUGAGGUUCUCAUUCACUCUCGGCGGCCUCCUGUCCGCGAGUGUCGUGCUCGCCGCGCCGGCGCCAAUUCCGGUUGCCGAGCCCGUUCCUAUGCCUAUGCCCACCCCCCCUGGCGUCCCAUCCGCCUCGUCAGCUAAAUCGCAGCUCGCAAGCUUGACGGUCAAGGCGGCAGUCGACGACGGAGCAUACAAGCGGGAUUUGUUCCCGACGUGGGACACUAUCACGGGAACCUGCAACACGCGCGAGUACGUACUCAAGCGCGAUGGUGCCAGCGUCCAGGUCGGCUCCGACUGCUAUCCGACGAGUGGCACAUGGACCAGCCCCUACGAUGGCGGGAAGUGGACGUCCCCGACCGAUGUAGAUAUCGAUCACAUGGUGCCUUUGAAGAAUGCUUGGAUUUCCGGUGCGAAUAAAUGGACAACUGCCAAGCGCGAGCAAUUCGCCAACGAUGUUGACCGACCGCAGCUCUGGGCCGUAACGGACAAUGUUAACUCGUCUAAGGGUGAUAAAUCCCCUGACACCUGGAAGCCGCCUCUAAAGAGCUUCUAUUGCACUUAUGCGAGCGCCUACGUAGCUGUCAAGAGUUAUUGGGACUUGACUAUCACUUCGGCUGAGAAAUCGGCCUUGAGUGAUAUGUUGGGAACUUGUUAA